CUCAUCUCGAUAGCAUACCAGGCUCUUUCUGCAUGACCAACCUGGCUGUACCGCAUUUUCUUCCACAAUGCUGCCUAGAUUCAGGGCGUAUUGCUUAUGUUCGUCUCAAUCUCCAUCACAAGGGUAGCCUGCUACAAAGCAAGCCUCGGAUUUUGGCGUCUCGGCAUCUCUGAUAUCGGAUUUUAGCAUUCAACAUGGAGCAACAGCCCGGAUUAAAACACAACAAAACCUUUCUGCCAGCUCCCUACCCUAAGAUAAUCUGUAUUCGCUGAGUGAGAAAUAUAGAGUCCUGUAUACUCUGCGGACGCAAUACAAUGGGCCUCCGCAUGCCAUUCAACCAGGCCUUCUGGGAGGAUUACCUCUCCGGGCAGGAUGCUACUCUCCCUUCUCUCCCCGAUACCUCAACCCUCAGCAGCAGAGUAAUCCGCAUCCUCGGCGGGAAUCCAGGUGCCAUGCACCUACAAGGAACCAACACCUAUCUAGUCGGAACAGGGCCGUCUCGCAUCCUGAUCGAUACCGGGCAGGGUCUCCCCAUCUGGCUCAGCCGCAUCACUAAGCUCCUGCGCUCGAACAACAUCUCCAUCUCACAUAUUCUCCUCACCCACUGGCACGGCGACCACACAGGCGGCGUCCCGGAUUUAAUCUCCUACAACCCCACCCUCGCCGAACGCGUCUACAAAAACCUCCCUGAUCCAGGUCAAAAGUCUAUUGACGAUGGACAGAUCUUCGCUGUGGAGGGGGCGACCGUCCGCGCAGUCUUCACGCCCGGCCACUCGGUCGACCACAUGUGCUUCUUGCUUGAGGAAGAGAACGCCCUGUUCACGGGGGAUAAUGUGCUGGGGCACGGGUUCAGCGUGGCCCCGGAUCUGGGACGGUAUAUGGAGAGUCUGGAGCUGAUGGCGGGCUUGGGCUGUGUGCUUGGGUACCCUGCGCAUGGGGCUGUUAUUGGUGACCUUCCUAGCAAGCUGGAGGAAUAUAUCCGGCAUAAGGAGAUGCGUGUGCGAGGGAUUCUAGGGACGGAAGGCAGGAGGAAAGGGGGUAUGACACUGCACGAAAUUGUGAGGGCAAUGUUUGGGGCGGUGCCGGACGAGGUGAUUGACCAGGCUUUGGCGCCGUUUUUGCUGCAGGCUUUGUGGAAGCUGACAGAAGACCGGAAGGUGGGAUUCGAGCCAGGGGAUCCCGUCAAGAGAAAAUGGUUCGCCGUUGCCCGUCGAACGACCAGACCACCUAGGCAGUACGGGUCGGUUGCACGUCAAUAAUCCUGCUCGGGUUAUGCGGAUGUUUAUCGUCUGCGCACGCCCGAAGACGGAAGCCCAUGCUUAAUCUCCCCUCGCGCAAUCUUCUCAGUUAGCGAUCCUGCACUCCUGUCUGCGCCUGAACCUUCAAGACGGUCAGUAUCUGGCAGCGCUGUUCAUUCUGUAUAUACAUCAGUUGAGAAUUACAAAUGGAGUUAUG